AUGAAAAUUCAAUUGGAAAAUGUGAAUUUUGAUAGUGGUUUUAGUUACAAUGGUUGCAAUGUUGAUGAUGUGUAUUUGAUUCAGUACACUUCUGGGGCAACACAUGUGUUGACAUCCCCGAAUACAUUUGUCAAUCGUCCUAGAAUAUGGCUUGAAUUGAUUUCGGAGUUCAAGGCAACUUGCACUCCUGUUCCUUCAUUUGCUUUACCACUCGUGUUGAAACGUGGUCAUACUGGGGAAACUAUCACAGGAAUUGUUAAUAAUCCUAUUAGUAUGUUGAGCUUGAAGAAUUUGAUCAUCGUUAACGAGCCAAUUUACAAUGAUUGUGUUGAAGAAUUUGCUGAAUUUUUUAGGCCUUUAGGUCUUAAUCCUUUUGCAAUUUCCCCCUCAUAUGGCUUAGCUGAGAAUGGAACAUUUGUUUCAACAUCAUGGAGAAGUAGUAAUUGUGACAAAUUUUCGACGUAUAAAAAGCUCUUGCCAAGUGCUAGACUUGAUGAAGAUGUAGACAUUGAAAUUCUAGUUGUGAAUGAAGAAACAAAUGAGAUUGUGGAAGAUGGAAUUGAAGGAGAAAUAUGGAUUUCAUCUCCUAGCAAUGCUAUUGGAUAUUUAGGACAUCCAUAUUUAACUCAACAAGUGUUCAAUGCCAGGCUAAAAAAUAAGGCGGGAAAUUGCUAUAUUCGAACAGGGGAUAGAGGAGUUGUCAAAGGAGAACAAAGAUUUUUAUACGUGACAGGACGAUGCUCAGACAUUCUCAAACUCCCAAAUGGACGAGAAAUACAUCCACAUUAUUUGGAGACAUCAACUUAUAAUACUUGUCCGAAUUUCCUAAGAGGUGGUUGUGUUGCAGCGUUUGAGAUGUCUGAAUAUGAAUACACAUCUAUAGCUGUUGUUGCGGAGAUGCAGAGAAAAGGUGAAACAGAGAGUGAUAUGUUUUUGAAGCAAAUAUGUGAAGGAAUAAGGAAAGGAGUAAUGAAAGAAGAAGGUGUUGGAAUUGGACUUGUGGUACUUGUUAAAUUUGGAAGUGUACCAAAGACUACUUCUGGGAAAAUACAAAGAUGGCUUGCUAAGUAUAAAUUUAUGAAGUCACAAAUGAAUAUUAUCAUGCAAAUGAAGUUUGAUAAUAAUAAUGGUAGUAGUGUUCAAAGCACAAUGCAAAAAGUGGUGCAAAUUGGAAAAAAAGAGUCUAAAAAGGGAAAGAAAGUGCUAGUUUUGGAAGAAGAAGAAGAAGGGAUGUUUUUUGCUCCAAUAAAUAGGACUUUGAAAGCUUCUCUUUAA